AUGCUGGCUAUUACUCUGCUCCUUCCUCUUGCUCAAGUAGCCAUGGUGAUGGCAGCACCAGCCUCUGAUGCAAACACUAAUGUUGCUCGUGGUGAUAGUGGCUGCUACUCUUACGCAAACCCAGACUGUGGCAUUGAUGGCACCUACUGCCUAUGCGCUAAUGGAAACUUUUAUCUCUUCAACCAUGCCACCGAGAGCUGCAACCCCCCAUGGGCUUACGUGACCAACUCUGAAGCUUCGCUUCCUGGAUCCCACUGCUAG